UUGGCUGCCUUGUGAGCUGCCCUGGAGACUCGGCCGCUGGGGACACCACGGCGGCCGCUGCACUCGCUGCCCCGCGGCUUGGCCGCGCUGCUUGGGCUGCAAAGCGCCCCAUGGUGCUGGUGACAACAUGUGGCGGCUGAAGGGACUCCUGGGCCGAGCUCUUCCCCGUCUACUGGGACCUGACCUCUGGGGUGUAACCCCUAAGCCCACCAGCCCCACUGACCCUCAGGCAGCCUCCUCCGCACUGCUGGUCCCUGAGCCCAACUUUCAGAGGUCAGGCCCCCGUGGCUCAGGCACCAGCAAGGGUCCAAGGAAUCAUGGCUGGAAGGAAGCAUUCCACUGGAUGUCUGCUCGUGUCUCCCCCAACACCCUUUGGGAUGCUGUAUCGUGGGGCACGCUGGCCGUGUUGGCCCUGCAGCUGGCACGGCAGCUCCAUUUCCAAGCAUCCCUGCCAGUAGGACCGUGGCAACUGGAACACUGCUCUUGGCGCAGUCCGCUGGACCGUUUCCUCUCAUCUCCCCAGUGGCCGCCACACUUCUCACUGCGGAGACACAUUCUCCCCCUCCCGCAUAGUCCUGCUCCUGGGCAUCCUGGCCGCAGGGGACCCAGGCAGGGCCCUGAAGAGCCCUUGAUUCAGUCCCACAGUGGCCUCUCACACAGCCCCUCGGAGAAAGACAGCCAUCAGGACUUCUCUGAGGAAGGUGCCGGUGAUCUGGGAUUCCUCCAUGCCAACUUGCACUCCCAGACGAAAGCAGCCCAGCCUCAGCCCCUGGGAAAGAAGAAGGAGCAGGAGCCACCCAAAGCCCUUCCGCUCGAGGAGGCUGCCAUUUCGCUUCAGCAGCUUUUCCAGCUCAGCGUUUCCAUCGCCUUCAACUUCCUGGGGACAGAGAACAUAAAGAAUGGGGACUACGCAGCAGCCUUCUCUUACUUCCAGAAAGCUGCAGACCGUGGCUACAGCAAAGCACAGUACAACACGGGCUUGUGCCAUGAGCAUGGCAGAGGUACCCCCAGGGACCUCAGCAAGGCAGUCCUUUAUUACCAGCUGGCUGCCAGCCAGGGCCACAGCCUGGCUCAGUACCGCUAUGCCAGGUGCCUGCUGCAGGACUCAGCCUCUGCAUGGGACCCGCAGCAGCAGAAGGCCAUGUGCAUGCUGGAGCAGGCCGCAGACUCGGGAUUGACAGAGGCCCAAGCUUUCCUCGGGGUGCUUUUCACCAAGGUGCCGUACCUGGAUGAACAGAGAGCCGUGAAAUACCUGUGGCUUGCUGCUAACAAUGGGGACUCACAGAGCAGGUAUCACUUGGGGAUUUGCUACGAGAAAGGCCUCGGUGUGCCAAGGAGUCUGGAAGAAGCAGUGAGAUGUUACCAGCAGUCGGCCGCUGUGGGAAACCAGCCUGCCCAGGAGAGGCUGCGGACACUCUUUCCCGUGAAAGCAACAGCUCCAGGGCCCAGCAACCUGGCGAUUACAGGGCUGAAGUCUUUCUCCAGCCCCUCUCUCUGCAGCCUAAAUAACUUGCUCACAGGAGCCUCCUGCCUACCACACGCCUCGAGCACAGGGAGCCUUGGCCGCCUCUGCAGGAGCGGGCAUGUCGGAGCCAGCCUUGGGGCCCCCAGCAGAACCAUCCCAACCUUGGAAAGGAGUCUCGUAAGAUUAGGUUUCGGCUAAGACCAUCUCAGUCCAACCUUAGAAAGAGCCUGUGUGUUCUCUAAGAAAUUUUACAACUUGAGUCCCAAAGAAGAGGUCAGUUGUCCGUCUACCUCCCCAAAACCUCAAACACCUACACAGCAUGGUGAAGAAGAGGAAGUGUGUGAAGUCCUGUGCUUGGCUCUGCCACGUGCCUCACCGUGUCUCCUGGUGGAUGCACAUAUCUGACUGGCUGUGUUGUUUCCUGGCAUGUAGACCGAGGACAGGGGUGUGUGCCCUGCUGCCUUGCGGGACUAACCAAGCCCAUGGAGGUGGUGUGAUCCCCCGAGAUGGUGGCCUAAGGAGACACCAGGCCAGGAGGAGGACCUGGGUAGCCCAGGGUUCACACUGAUCACACAUGUGAGCGUGAUUCUCCUCCCCCAGUGUGAGGGGAGUUCUUGGGCAUCUUGGAGCCCUUGUUUGGAAAAGGUGUGCUGGAAUUGUAUAGAUGUCUAGUAAAGCAGAGAUUGGAUUGUCUCAUCAUUCUUGUCCUUGAGUGGGUCGGGGAGUGCCAAGGAGGUGGGCAGAGGUUACCGAAUACUGAGACUCCAUCCUCGUCUCUAAACUCUCCAUUAACCAAUUUAAAGGGCCUUAAAAGCUUCUCCAAGAGAGAGACUUAGAAAAAAAAAAUGAUUUCUGAGUCAACGCUAAUGACUCCAAUUACUGAAUUUGUGAAUAGCUAUUCCCUGGCUUCUGGAUAUUA